AUGGGAGUUUUACACGUAGGAGUAGAAAGCGUUGAUUGGGAGCGUAAAAUGAGUUCUUUGUUAUUCCGAUCUUCAGCAUUUGGUAGAAUUUUCGGAAGCCGUACAGUUUGCUUAUCUUACAGAAGGACAAGCAAUGCCUCCACAACUAUCAGCUCAGAAAGCAAAACACCUGACUUUGAUAUCGUUAUAGUUGGUGGUGGAAUUAUUGGUUGUGCUACAGCGCGACACUUGAAAAUACAGCAUCCCGAAUUAAGGCUAGCAUUGCUGGAAAAACACGACCGAUUGGCUCCCCAUCAAAGUGGUCAUAAUAGUGGUGUGCUUCAUGCAGGUAUUUACUAUGCACCUGGCAGUUUGAAAGCAAAACUUUGCGUUCGCGGUAUUGAUUUGGCUUAUGAGUACUGCAAUGAUCAUGAGAUACCCUAUAAAAAAAUUGGAAAGUUAAUUGUUGCUGUGGAUGCAAUUGAAGUACCGCGUUUAGAAACAUUGUUUGAACGAGCUCAAAGAAAUGGGUGUAAAUCGAUAAAAAUGAUCAGUGGUGAUGAAAUUAAAAACUAUGCACCAUUUUGUAAGGGACUCAAGGCAUUGUGGUCUCCUUAUACAGGUAUCGUUGACUGGGAAUUGGUCACAAACUCCUAUGGAAAAGAUUUCGAAAAACAUGGCGGAGUUAUUUUCAAAAAUUAUCCAUUGAAAAAGUUACUUUUAGUUGGAGAGUCAACAAAAAGUAACGUUCCCAAUUAUUAUCCUGUUGUUAUCGAGUCAGAACCAUCUUUAGUACCAACAGAAGCCAAAAUAUUUCAGCCAAAAAUUCGGUGCAAACACGUGAUUACAUGCUGCGGAUUGCAAUCAGAUCGUAUUGCAAAACUUUCAGGAGGUACAUCCCAUCCAAAAAUUGUCCCUUUCCGUGGUGAAUAUCUCUUAUUAUCGUCUGAACAGAAGAAGAAACUUGUAACGACAAAUGUUUAUCCUGUUCCUGAUCCACGAUUUCCAUUUCUUGGUGUCCAUUUUACACCGCGGAUGAAUGGAGAUGUUUGGUUAGGACCAAACGCUGUAUUAGCAUUCAAAAGAGAAGGAUACAUGUAUUCUAAUAUUUCUGUACCAGAUUUGUUUGACACAUUAACUUACAGAGGUAUGAGAAAGUUAGCAUCCAAGUUUCUGAUGUAUGGUAUGAAAGAGUUGUAUCGGGGAAUUUUUAUUGGUGCUCAGGUGAAGCAGUUGCAGAAGUUUAUGCCAGAUUUGAAAAAGUCAGAUGUCACACGUGGUCCAGCAGGAGUUCGAGCUCAAGCUCUUGAUUUAAAUGGCAAUUUGGUUGAUGAUUUCAUUUUUGAUAGUGGUCAGGGGGAUUUAAGUCAGUUUGUGUUGCAUGUGCGCAACGCGCCUAGUCCAGGUGCCACAAGCAGUUUAGCCAUUGCUGAAAUGAUAACUGAUAAAGCCUCUACUGUAUUUGGUUUCAAGUGA